CGUUAUUACAGAAAUAUAUUAGUAAGAGCAGGUAUAAGGAACAGAGUGGGAAUGCCACACCAUAGGACAGUCCAUGGUGUUCAGUUAACUGAUGAGCUUUGGUUGUCCAUCGCCUGGAAUGGGAUCGGUAAAUUGAUCAAUAUUCAGCGCCCGGCUGCUGGAUGUUUUAGCUAGGGCCUAGUAACAUUUCACUGGCUCUAAAAUACUCACCCACCAGAAUCGAUGGCCGUUUGAAUCAAUACCAAACACGAUGAAAGUAGUUGCGUACUUGAGGUCACCAAAUGAUCAUUAAGGAUCGUCUGGAUAUUGCUGGUCAGUAAGACAAAUUAAAAGGAGGUGGCAGUAACUAAUCGAGAAAUAGCGGUCAAUAAUAAAUUACUAAAACAUUGGUUCAGUGUAAAACGAUUAACAAUAAAAAUAAUGAAGAACAAAAUAACGUUUUAAAGUUCUAUCAAGUCGUAUCGAAACUGUUAUCUUUGACAAGUGAUUGAGUCCCUUAAACAAGCGACAUUCAGUUUGCCGCAAGAGUAAUGUCAUAAUAAUUAUUAACAGUUCUAUUUUAAAGUUAAAUAAUCAUUCAAGUUAACUAAUUACUGGGUCUUGUACGGUUGUAAGACUUUUGUUUUUCUGCUUAAGUUUUUUUCGAGUAAAGAUGAUAACUUAAUCUGAACAACGACGUCAUUUCUAUCUUUCGCGUUUGCUAAUGAUGAUUUUCGGUAAUAUUGUAUUAUAGAACAUAUUCAUUACUCUUACUUAAUUUGUACUUAAAAGGUUUGUAAUUAUCGAGUGUUACAUUCCAAUUAUCGUGGUUUAUGCAAUAUAACGACCAAAAAUUUAAACUUGAUAAUCGGAACUAAAUUUCAAAGCUGGUGAUUGACCCGCAAAAGCGAAAUUCGAUAAUUACUUAUGUUUCAAAUGAAUAUUAAUUAUGCUUACUUUUUAAAAAUAUUUUCUAGAUACUUAAUAAUUGAGUUCAUGAGUCACUUAAAGCUAGACCACCAUAGAAAAUCUGGAAGCACUGGACGGCCGUUUCCUUAAAGAACAGAACUCCUAAGUGAUGCACAUCCACUAUCCCGCACGCGGGAUUCGAACCCAGGACCUCCGGAAUCGCGUAAGAUCACUUAAUCUCGAGACUACUGAGCUGGAAUCCAACGGUACUAAUGUCUAACUUCAACCAAGCCACAAUAUGCUGCAAUUUACCAUAUGAAACGCAUUAUUUCCACUGGUGAGGCAUCUUGUCUUCUGACACUUAUUUGCUAUAGGUUAUCCGUAUAGAUAAUCUGGAUUUGUGAAAAAUUACCUAUAGGCCACAACAUUCACAUUAAUCCAAACGGUCGAUCGAUAGCGGUCAAUUAGAAUCACACCACCUUUCUACAUUGCAAUUAUGUUUAACUACUCUUGAAUUCAUUUCAUUUUACGAUUCCGUAGAUAUAUUAGCUAUGAAUUCUUAGAAGACGAAAGAACAUUUCUCUGGAAUUUCAAGAAAUAAAUGAAACAGAUUAAUUAUUAUAAGGCUAUAUUUAACAAAAAAUAAUUGAAAGUACUUUACCGCGGAUUUACAAGUAGAUUAUAUAAAGUAAAUGACUGAGAUUAUAUUCGUAAAGAUAAAAGGUACAAUCAGUAUAUCAUCUUGUAAUCACAAAAAUUAGUGAAAUUUCACACUACAAUCUGUAUUGACCGGCAUAGAAACCAUUCAUUUAGAGAUGUUAAUACUCAAUAACGAAGAAUCAAAUAUAUUUAUUAUUCAGAAAGCUACCAUUAUAAACAGCAUUUAUGAAUGUAGAAAUUUAUAUUUAUUAAACAGUUUCAUGCUCUGAGUACAAGUAGAAAAGAUCAAGAUCAUAUAGGUGUGCGAUUCCAUCCUCAAUGUAGCAUAUGGUUGACAAUCAAAUGAAGUCACUUUUCAGAAGAUGAAUCCUUAUAAAUAAACCGUAAUAACUGUAUGAGGGGGAGAAAAAAGGCUGUUGUAUUAAAGACUGAGAAACUACAAGAGAGAUUAUUGAUGAUCAAAACUUCAGUAAAAUAUAACAAUUAACAAUUCCCAUAGAGAACGGAAAUGUUCAUGUAUUCUGUAAACCAGUCUGAAUUUACUGCCAUAAUUAACCAUCGGUAAAUACAAUUACAUGUAGUCAAAGGUUUUCAGGAUUUGACGAGAUACUGUAUUCGGGAAUAAUGCAUGUACCAUGAACAUAUCCACAAAUUUCUACUUCACCAUUAUUAAGCAAUAUCGUUCGUCGUACUAGAUGUCUAUUCAUUAUCAAAGAAAAAUGAUAUUCGAUCACUGAAUAACAGUUUUAUUUGAAACUAUCUUACACUAUUAUGAAUACUUUAGAAAUCUACCCACUAAAGACGUAAACCACUGGUAACAGUGAUUUGUAAUUUGGAAAUUCGCAUCACUCUGAAAUACUAUGUCAACAUCUAUUUUGAUUUCCAAGUGAAUUAAAAGACUAAUUUAAUUUAGAAAAGCAUGAAUAACUUUAUUUGUUGUUUAAUUUUUUGAUUACAUUGUGUUGACAAGCUGUCGAAACUGUACUCCUACUCGUUGAUCCUUUGAUCCACAUCCAUAUAAGUGUGUUUGGUUAUUUAGAUCCUGAACAUUUGUCGCCACAUUUACAAUUGCCAGAGGUGCAGUCACAGGUCGAUCCGCAACCACAUUUUCCUUCACAGCAGUCUUCAAUGAAUAAAAUAUUCAACCGAUCAUUUAGUGCAAGAAUUUCGAUAAAAGGAAUUACAAAACUUCAUGAAACAUCAAUGUUAUAGCUAUUUCGAAAUAGUCUUAUCCCUCAGUCAGCAUGGAACAUAGUCGAACGCUCCAGUAAAUAAGCUGAAGCAUCGCUUUCUCUACUCAAUAUUGAACCUCAAAUAAAUAACUAAUGUUAAACGCUCUAAUUACACAUAUAUAGUGUGUGGAGUUGGUUGUAAUCAUAAUAAUAUUGGUAGUAACAACGAUAGGCUUUUUAUAGAUUGAUAUGGAAAUUGCUGAUCAAUAGGUGAGUGAACACAAUGAGAAUAUUGAUAUUCAGUGCUUCAUUCUCAUCUGGCAACUAUCCACAUUUCCUCCGAUCCACUACUAGUGCUCUAGAUGGUAUGAGAUUUUCAUGAAAAUCAUCAUAAGUGGUAGGAACUAAUUAAGAGCAUUUCCAUAUGCGAAGCUCCAUCAUCUACUAUAUACUGCAUUUGGAAUACAGAGAAGAGUACAAAUCAUCUACAAUUGCUAACAUUGUCAUUGCUAACAAGUUCAAAUCCUGAAGGAAAUCUAGGAUUAGCAGUCCCAUUCUCAUAGUCAUCAUCAUUAAACAUAUUACAAUAUACAAUAUUGUGUUUACUUACCAGACAUUGUAUUAGCUCAAAUGUAUAAAUUGUACAACAUUUAUGACACGUUUAUUUUCAUUUAUAUACAAUUCAUUCAGUUUCACAUAAAACCAGUGCAUUUUCACAUUUUUGGAAUUUAUGUUUUAGUCAAUCAAUAUUUGUUUGGUAAAUAAUGCACUUUGGUAUAGUUAUGACUCCAUGGCGAACAGAGAAAAAUUGAUUAACUCUAUUAUUCUCUCACCAGUGUGUACCCACAAUAUGAUCAGUCAGACAUUUCACAUACAAUCGAAAGUUUGUUUUUUUUUCGUCGAUUAUUCACAAACUAUACGAGUAUACCAUGUUCACCUAACAAAUAUUGAUUGACUAAAACAUAAAUUCCAAAAAUGUGAAAAUGCACUGGUUUUAUGUGAAACUGAAUGAAUUGUAUAUAAAUGAAAAUAAACGUCUAAUACAAUGUCUGACUGCUGUGAAGGAAAAUGUGGUUGCGGAUCGACCUGUGACUGCACCUCUGGCAAUUGUAAAUGUGGCGACAAAUGUUCAGGAUCUAAAUAACCAAACACACUUAUAUGGAUGUGGAUCAAAGGAUCAACGAGUAGGAGUACAGUUUCGACAGCUUGUCAACACAAUUUAUUACGGUUUAUUUAUAAGGAUUCAUCUUCUGAAAAGUGACUUCAUUUGAUUGUCAACCAUAUGCUACAUUGAGGAUGGAAUCGCACACCUAUAUGAUCUUGAUCUUUUCUACUUGUACUCAGAGCAUGAAACUGUUUAAUAAAUAUAAAUUUCUACAUUCAUAAAUGCUGUUUAUAAUGGUAGCUUUCUGAAUAAUAAAUAUAUUUGAUUCUUCGUUAUUGAGUAUUAACAUCUCUAAAUGAAUGGUUUCUAUGCCGGUCAAUACAGAUUGUAGUGUGAAAUUUCACUAAUUUUUGUGAUUACAAGAUGAUAUACUGAUCAUACCUUUCGUGGUAGCCAAUAUAUUAGUCUCACAGUUUAUUGGAAUCUGAUUUAGAUAACAGUUGUUUGUCAAUUUUCAAUUGACCAUAUACUCGUCUAAUACCUUUUUAUUCGUCAUAUAAAUAACCGUUGACAACUAAUUAAAUCUGGUUCUUUUACCUGAUCAUGAUUGUUGUUUCGAUGAAAAAUGUGGUGUUUUCUUUUGUUCAAAUCGUUCAACAACUGCAUGUAUGUAUCUUUCAUCAGUGAAUGCUUAGAUGCAUCUUAUUUCUACUUUGAUGUAAUACAUAUUACCAGCUGAAUAGUUAUUAUUAUUUAUUGAAUAACUACUAAAAGUUUAUUUUUUUUCAAAAUACAAAUCUUGAAUGAAUCAACAUUUUAUUUCAUUAUAAUAAAUACACAACAUCUUCAAUUGAAUUUAUGCAGAAAAUCCACUAAUAUAUUUCGUUAUUUUUCAUAAAAAAGAAAGAAGUAAUGAACAAUUUCUGAUUUGAUUUUCAUUUAUUUAUUUCUGUUUGUGCUUAUCGACCAUAUGGUCGAGUGAAUCGUCUACGAUGGACGUAAAACACCUUGUUCUUAUCUAAAUUUUCUAGAUCAUUUGGAUACCAUUUUUGUUUAGUUCCUUGAAUAUUCAAUCAUUGGACGCAGAAACAAUGAAUAUUCAUUGAACAUGUAAAUGAAAAGAAAAGAGGUGAAA